AUGGCCUGCCUCAUUAUCUACUUACCAUCUACCUCGCUGCCUACCUUACUACCUGCCUUACUGCCUAUCUUCCUGUCUGCUUCACUGCUUACCUCACUGCCUGCCUUACUGCCUACCUACUGUCUACCUUGCUGUCUACUCGCUGUCUACUCGCUGUCUACCUCGCUGUCUACCUCACUGUCUACCUUUCUGUCUACCUCGCUGUCUACCUCGCUGUCUACCCUCGCUGUCUACCUCGCUGUCUACCUUGCUGUCUACCUUGCUGUCUACCUUGCUGUCUACUAUACUGCCUGUCUUGCUGCCUGCCUUACUAUUAACUCACUAUCUACCUCACUACCUGUCUCACUUUCUGCCUGCUGUUCUGCCUGCCUCAUGCAUGACCUUCCUGGGGCCUUAUGAUCUACUAUACUACCUUGCUUGCUAUCCUGAUCACUACCUCACUGCCUGCUGUUCUCCCUGCUAUUUGA